AUGGUGUCGUCGACCUGCCUAGCUCCCGUUGCUGCAGUUAUCUCCGCACACGUGGUCCUGGACGUGGUCGUGGACGUGGUCGUGGACGUGGUCGUCCACGACGUGGACUUGGACGUGGACAAGGACGUGGACGUGGAUGUGGUCGUCCACGACGUGGACCUGGACGUGGUCGUGGACGUGGACGUGGACGUGGACGUGGACGUGGUCGUGGACGUGGACGUGGAUGUGGACGUGGUCGUGGACGUGGACGUGGACGUGGACGUGGUGGACGUGGACGUGGACGUGGAGGACGUGGACGUGGACGUGAACGUGGACGUAGACGUGGACGUGGACGUGGUCGUGGACGUGGAGGUGGACGCGGACGUGGACGUGGAGGUGGACGCGGACGUGGACGUGGAUGUGGACGUGGUCGUGGACGUGGAGGACUUGGACGUAGACGUGGUCGUGGACGUGGACGUGGACGUGGACGUGGUUGUGGACGUGGACGUGGUCGUGGACAUGGACGUGGACGUGGACGCGGACGGGGACAGGGACGCGGACGGGGACGGGGACGUGGACGGGGACGUGGACGUGGACGUGAACGUGGACGUGGUCGUGGACGUGGUCGUGGACGUGGACUUGGAGAUGGACGUGGACGUGGACGUGGACGUGGAGGUGGUCGUUGACGUGGACGUGGUCGUGGACGUGGACGUGGACGUGGUCGUGGACGUGGACGUGGCUGUGGAGUGGACGUGGACGUGGACGUGGACGUGGAUGUGGUCGUGGAUCCUGGAUGUGGUCGUGGACGUGGUCUUGGACGUGGUCGUCCACGACGUGGACAUGGACGUGGACGUGGACGUGGACGUGGACGUGGUCGUCCACGACGUUGACCUGGACGUGGUCGUGGACGUGGACGUGGACGUGGACAUGGUCGUGGACAUGGACGUGGACGUGGACGUGGACGUGGUCGUGGACGUGGACGUGGACGUCGUGGACGUGGAGGACGUGGACGUGGACGUGGACGUGGACGUGGACGUGGACGUGGACGUGGACAUGGACGUGGACGUGGUCGUGGACGUGGACGUGGACGUGGACGUGGACGUGGACAUGGACGUGGACGUGGUCGUGGACGUGGACGUGGACGUGGACGUGGAGCUGGACGUGGACGUGGACGUGGACGUGGUCGUGGACGUGGAGGACUUGGACGUGGACGUGGACCUGGACGUGGUCGUGGACGUGGACGUGGUCAUGGACGUGGACGUGGUCGUGGACGUGGACGUGGACGUGGUCGUGGACGUGGACGUGGACGUGGACGUGGACGUGGACGUGGUCGUGGACGUUGAGGACUUGGACGUGGACGUAGUCGUCCACGUGGACGUGGACGUGGUCGUCCACGUGGACGUGGACGUGGACGUGGUUGUGGUCGUGGUCGUGGAUGUGGACGUGGACGUGGACGUGGAUGUGGACAUGGUCCUGGACGUGGUCGUGGACGUGGUCGUGUACGUGGUCGUCCACGACGUGGACUUGGACGUGGACGUGGACGUGGACGUGGACGUGGUCGUCCACGACGUGGACCUGGACGUGGUCGUGGACGUGGACGUGGACGUGGACGUGGUGGACGUGGACGUGGCCGUGGACGUGGACGUGGACGUGGACGUGGUCGUGGACGUGGACGUGGACGUGGACGUGGUCGUGGACGUGGACGUGGACGUGGACGUGGACGUUGUGGACGUGGACGUGGACAUGGAGGACGUGGACGUGGACGUGGACGUGGACGUGGACGUGGACGUGGUCGUGGACGUGGAGGACUUGGACGUGGACGUGGAUGUGGACGUGGACGUGGACGUGGACGUGGACGUGGUCGUGGACGUGGUCGUGGACGUGGACGUGGAGAUGGAGGUAGACGUGGUCGUGGACGUGGACGUGGUCGUGGACGUGGACGUGGAUGUGGACGUGGACGUGGAGGUGGUCAUGGAAGUGGACGUGGUCGUGGACGUGGAGGACUUGGACGUGGACAUGGUCGUCCACGUGGACGUGGACGUGGUUGCGGUCGUGGUCGUGGAUGUGGACGAGGACGUCGACGUGGACGUGGACGUGGUCGUGGACGUGGUCGUGGACGUGGUCCUGGACGUGGUCGUCCACGACGUGGACUUGGACGUGGACGUGGAUGUGGUCGUCCACGACGUGGACCUGGACGUGGACGUGGACGUGGACCUGGACAUGGACGUGGACGUGAACGCGGACGUGGACGUGGUCGGGGACGUGGACGUGGACGUGGACGUGGACACGGACGUGGACGUCGUCGGGGACGUGGACGUGGACGUUGACGCGGUCGUGGACGUGGUCGUGGACGUGGACGUGGAUGUGGACGUGGACGUGGACGUGGACGCGGACGUGGACGCGUUCGUGGACGUGGUCGUGGACGUGGUCGUGGACGUGGACGUGGACGUGGUCGUGGACGUGGUCGUGGACGUGGUCCUGGAUGUGGACGUGGACGUGGACGUGGACGUGGUGGACGUGGACGUGGACGUGGUGGACGUGGACGUGGUCGUGGACGUGGUCGUGGACGUGGACGUGGAGAUGGACGUGGACGUGGUCGUUGACGUGGACGUGGACGUGGACGUGGACGUGGACGUGGACGUGGAGGUGGUCGUGGACGUGGACGUGGAGGACUUGGACGUGGACGUGGUCGUCCACGUGGACGUGGACGUGGAUGAGGUUGUGGUCGUGGUCGUGGAUGUGGACGUGGACGUCGACGUCGAUGUGGACGUGUACGUGGUCCUGGACGUGGACGUGGACGUGGUGGACGUGGACGUGGCCGUGGACGUGGACGUGGACGUGGAUGUGGUCGUGGACGUGGUCAUGCACGUGGACGUGGAGAUGGACGUGGACGUGGUCGUGGACGUGGACGUGGACGUGGUCGUGGUCGUGGACGUGGACGUGGACGUGGAGGUGGUCGUGGACGUGGACGUGGUCGUGGGCGUGGAGGACGUGGACGUGGACGUGGUCGUCCACGUGGACGUGGACGUGGACGUGGUUGUGGUCGUGGUCGUGGAUGUGGACGUGGACGUGGACGUCGACGUGGACGUGGACGUGGUCCUGGACGUGGACGUGGACGUGGUCGUGGACGUUGUCACGGGCGCCUAUCUCUAUGGGCGCCUAUCUCUAGGGGCGCCUAUCUCUAGGGGCGCCUAUCUCUAUGGGCGCCUAUCUCUAGGGGCGCCUAUCUCUAUGGGCGCCUAUCUCUAUGGGCGCCUAUCUCUAGGGGACCAGGCCCAUACGACCAAGCCCAUACGUUUGCACUUUCCAUCACCCAACCCCAUUCUCCCUCCUUCUAUCACCCCGCCCCAUUCUCCCGUUUUCCAUCACCCCGCCCCAUUCUCCCGCUUUCCAUCACCCCGCCCCAUUCUCCCGCUUUCCAUCACCCCGCCCCAUUCUCCCGCUUUCCAUCACCCUGCCCCAUUCUCCCUCUUUCCAUCACCCCGCCCCAUUCUCCCUCUUUCCAUCACCGCGCCACAUUCUCCCUCUUUCCAUAACCCCGCCCCAUUCUCCCGCUUUCCAUCACACCGCCCCAUUCUCCCGCUUUCCAUCACCCCGCCCCAUUCUCACUCUUUCCAUAUUCCCGCCCCAUUCUUCCGCUUUCCAUCACCCCGCCCCAUUCUCCCUCUUUCUAUCACCCCGCCCCAUUCUCCCGCUAGCCAUCACCCCGCCCCAUCUCCCGCUUUCCAUCACCCCGCCCCAUUCUCCCGCUUUCCAUCACCCUGCCCCAUUCUCCCGCUUUCCAUCACCCCACCCAGUUCUCCCGCUUUCCAUCACCCCGCCCCAUUCUCCCGCGUUCCAUCACCCCGCCCCAUUCUCCCGCUUUCCAUCACCCCCCAUCACCCCGCCCCAUUCUCCCGCUUUCCAUCACCCCGCCCCAUUCUCCCGCUUUCCAUCACCCCGCCCUGUUCUCCCGCUUUCCAUCACCCCGCCCCAUUCUCCCUCUUUCCAUCAACCUGCCCCAUUCUCCCUCUUUCCAUCACCGCGCCCCAUUCUCCCUCUUUCCAUAACCCCGCCCCAUUCUCCCGCUUUCCAUCACCCUGCCCCAUUCUCCCGCUUUCCAUCACCCCCACCCCGCCCCGUUCUCCCGCUUUCCAUCACCCCGCCCUAUUCUCCCGCUUUCGACCACCCCGCCCCAUUCUCCCGCUUUCUGUCACCCUCCCCCAUUCUCCUGCUUUCCAUCAACCCACCCCAUUCUCCCUCUUUCCAUCACCCCGCCCCAUUCUCCCGCUUUCCAUCACCCACCCCAUUCUCCCGCUUUCCAUCACCCCGCCCUAUUCUCCCGCUUUCCAUCACCCGCCCCAUUCUCCCGCUUUCCAUCACCCCGCCCCAUUCUCCCGCUUUCCAUCACCUCGCUCCAUUCUCCCGCUUUCCAUCACCCCGCCCCAUUCUCCCGCUUUCCAGCACCCCGCCCCAUUCUCCCGCAUUCCAUCACCCCGCCCGAUUCUCCUGCUUUCCAUCAAACCUCACAAUUCUUCCGCUUUCCAUCAUCCCGCCCCAUUCUCCCUCUUUCUAUCACCCUGCCCCAUUCUCCCACUUGCCAUCACCCCGCCCCAUUCUCCCGCUUUCCAUCACCCCGCCCUAUUCUCCCGCUUUCCAUCACCCGCCCCAUUCUCCCGCUUUCCAUCACCCCGCCCCAUUCUCCCGCUUUCCAUCACCCCGCCCUGUUCUCCCGCUUUCCAUCACCCCGCCCCAUUCUCCCUCUUUCCAUCAACCUGCCCCAUUCUCCCUCUUUCCAUCACCGCGCCCCAUUCUCCCUCUUUCCAUAACCCCGCCCCAUUCUCCCGCUUUCCAUCACCCUGCCCCAUUCUCCCGCUUUCCAUCACCCCGUCCCAUUCUCCCGCUUUCCAUCUGCCCGCCCCAUUCUCCCGCUUUCUAGCACCCCGCCCCAUUCUCCCGCUUUCUAUCACCCCGCCCCAUUCUCCCGCUUUCCAGCACCCCGCCCCGUUCUCCCGCUUUCCAUCACCCCGCCCUAUUCUCCCGCUUUCGACCAGCCCGCCCCAUUCUCCCGCUUUCUGUCACCCUCCCCCAUUCUCCUGCUUUCCAUCAACCCACCCCAUUCUCCCUCUUUCCAUCACCCCGCCCCAUUCUCCCGCUUUCCAUCACCCGCCCCAUUCUCCCGCUUUCCAUCACCCCGCCCUAUUCUCCCGCUUUCCAUCACCCGCCCCAUUCUCCCGCUUUCCAUCACCCCGCCCCAUUCUCCCGCUUUCCAUCACCUCGCCCCAUUCUCCCGCUUUCCAUCACCCCGCCCCAUUCUCCCGCUUUCCAGCACCCCGCCCCAUUCUCCCGCAUUCCAUCACCCCGCCCGAUUCUCCUGCUUUCCAUCAAACCUCACAAUUCUUCCGCUUUCCAUCAUCCCGCCCCAUUCUCCCUCUUUCUAUCACCCUGCCCCAUUCUCCCACUUGCCAUCACCCCGCCCCAUUCUCCCGCUUUCCAUCACCCCGCCCCAUUCUCCCUCUUUCCAUCACCCCGCCCCAUUCUCCCUCUUUCCAUAACCCCGCCCCAUUCUCCCGCUUUCCAUCACCCCGCCCCAUUCUCCCGCUUUCCAUCACCUCGCCCCAUUCUCCCGCUUUCCAUCACCCCGCCCCAUUCUCCCUGUUUCCAUCACCCCGCCCCAUUCUCCCUCUUUCCAUCACCGCGCCCCUUUCUCCCUCUUUCCAUAACGCCGCCCCAUUCUCCCGCUUUCCAUCACCCCGCCCCAUUCUCCCGCUUUUCAUCUGCCCGCCCCAUUCUCUCGCUUUCUAG